UAGAACGUCUGCAGGGUUCCACUAACAAGUGUAAUAAUAACACUUCCUCCAGAAGUUCUCUAGAACUUCCAGGAUGGCCUACAGAUGGUCGUAUUAUUAGCCUGGCUUGUGUUUUGGUGUCUUCUCCUCCCUGGGGGAAACGCUUAGCUCCGCCAGAGGGUUUAGGAGGACGUGGUAUUCCUUGAAGGAGCACGUCCUCUUCGAGACCUUCCUGAAUUUACUCCUAGGAGUAGUAGUAGUCCUCGUGGGUCUGAUGUGGGUCUUCUUUUCCAGAAGCUGAACUGUGGCAUGCAGGCGGAUGAAGGGACCGACUGGUUACUCGAGCUCCUCACCGAAGUCCAGCUUCAGCAGUAUUUCCUCCGGAUCCGCGAUGACCUCAACGUCACACGCCUGUCGCACUUCGAGUAUGUCAAGAAUGAGGAUCUGGAGAAAAUCGGGAUGGGGAGACCGGGGCAGAGACGCCUCUGGGAGGCUGUGAAGAGGAGGAAGGCUGUGUGCAAACGGAAAUCCUGGAUGAGCAAGGUCUUCAGCGGGAAGCGCCCCGAGUCGGAGAUGCUGCCCUUGCCCCCGGGUCUCCUGAGCAAGCAGCCGAGCCCGGUGGCCCUGGAGGAGGCCCAGCAGCAGGCUCUCACCUGCCUCAUUAGCGAGAAGGACCUGGUGCUGUUGGAGAAACUGGGCGACGGUUCUUUUGGGGUGGUGCGCCGCGGGGAGUGGUGCGCCCCAUCAGGCAAGGUGCUGAACGUGGCCGUCAAGUGCCUGAAGACGGAGGUGCUGAACCAGCCGGAGGCCCUGGACGACUUCAUCCGCGAGGUCAACGCCAUGCAUUCCCUCGACCACGCCAACCUCAUCCGCCUCUACGGGGUGGUCCUCUCCAACCCCAUGAAGAUGGUGACCGAACUGGCCCCACUGGGCUCCCUGCUGGACCGCCUGCGGAAGAACCUGUGCCACUUCCUGAUCGCCACCCUCUGCCACUAUGCCAUCCAGAUCGCCCGCGGGAUGGCCUACCUGGAGUCCAAGCGCUUCAUUCACCGUGAUCUGGCCGCCCGCAACAUCCUGCUGGCGGCCAACGACCUGGUCAAGAUCGGCGACUUCGGCCUCAUGCGGGCCCUGCCCAAAAAUAACGACCACUACAUUAUGCAAGAGCACCGCAAGGUCCCUUUUGCCUGGUGCGCCCCGGAAAGUCUGAAGACGCGCACCUUCUCCCACGCCAGCGACACCUGGAUGUUCGGAGUGACUCUCUGGGAAAUGUUCACCUACGGGCAGGAACCAUGGGUUGGCCUUAACGGCAGCCAGAUCCUGCACAAGAUCGAUAAGGAAGGCGAGCAACUCGCCCGACCCGAAGAUUGUCCACAGGAUAUUUACAACGUCAUGUUGCAGUGUUGGGCACACAAACCGGAAGAUCGGCCCACCUUCGUGGCUCUGCGGGAUUUCCUCCUGGAGGCUCAACCCACAGAUAUGCGGGCUCUGCAGGAUUUCGAAGAACCGGACAAACUUUUGAUCCAGAUGAACGAUAUAAUUACAGUCAUCGAAGGAAGGUAUUCCUUAUCAUUUCAUCUUUCAUCCCGCCUUCGUUACUUGCACACACAGCUCAACGUACCAGACGUGAUUUAUGCUGCUUCCUCUUCCUCUUUCCCCAUAACAACAGCCCUGUGA